CUCUCCCUCACUCUCUCUGGCUGUCUCUCUCCCUCCCUCCCUCUCUCUAUCUGUCUCUCUCUCUAUCCUCCCAUCUUGCAUGCACUCCGGACACAGGCUCUCUUCAGCGGACACUGCAGGGGGAAGGAACGAAUGAAUCAUGGAAUACUGCUGAAAAAGAGAACCUAUCUUCUCUCGUAUCUCUCUUUUUUUCUACCCUCAUUCUCUCGUGUCUCUCCCCUCUCGAUGUCUCUCAACAGUUUCUAGCGGGUUGACGGAAGGAAAAUGAGGAUUAUUUUUUCUUGGCACUUUCUCGGGGUGUAUUCCGCCCUUUGGGGGCUGGCGACUGGGGCUUUCCCCAGCUCAGUGCAAAUAGGUGGCUUGUUCAUCCGGAAUACAGAUCAGGAGUACACAGCUUUCCGGCUAGCUAUCUUUCUGCACAACACCAGCCCCAAUGCAACGGAAGCCCCCUUCAACCUGGUGCCCCAUGUGGACAACAUCGAGACGGCAAACAGCUUUGCAGUCACCAAUGCAUUCUGCUCCCAGUAUGCCCGGGGGGUGUUCGCCAUCUUUGGGCUGUACGACAAGCGCUCGGUGAACACGCUGACGUCGUUCUGCGGCGCGCUGCACAUCAGCCUCAUCACGCCCAGCUUCCCCACCGAGGGCGAGGCCCAGUUCACCCUGCAGCUGCGGCCCUCCAUCCGGGGGGCCCUGCUGUCCCUGCUGGACCACUACGACUGGAGCCGCUUCGUGUUCCUCUACGACACCGACAGAGGAUACGCUAUACUGCAAGCUAUUAUGGAGAGAGCAGGACAGAAUGGCUGGCAGGUGAGCGCUAUCUGUGUGGAGAGCUUCAACGAGGCGGCCUACCGGCGACUGCUCGAGGACCUGGACAGACGGCAGGAGAGGAAGUACGUCAUUGACCUGGAACCCGAGCGGCUGCAGAGCAUCCUGGAGCAGGCUGUCAGUGUGGGAAAACACGUGAAAGGUUAUCACUACAUUGUCGCCAACCUGGGCUUUAAGGACAUAUCUCUGGAGAGGUUUAUGCAUGGCGGAGCCAACGUGACCGGGUUUCAGUUGGUGGACUUCAGCAGGCCAAUGGUUAUCAAGCUGAUGCAGCGCUGGAACAAGCUGGACCAGAGGGAGUACCCAGGGUCUGAAAGCCCCCCAAAAUACACCUCCUCUCUCACCUAUGACGGUGUGUUGGUGAUGAGCGAGGCCUUCCGAAACCUGCGGCGCCAAAAGAUAGACAUCAGCCGGCGUGGCAACGCAGGCGACUGCCUGGCCAACCCGGCCGCCCCCUGGAACCAGGGCAUCGACAUGGAGCGCACGCUGAAACAGGUGCGGAUUCAGGGCAUGACGGGGAACAUUCAGUUCGACCACUUCGGCCGCAGGGUCAACUACACCAUGGACGUGUUCGAGCUCAAGAGCAAUGGCCCACGCAAGAUUGGCUACUGGAAUGACAUUGACAAGCUGGUGUUGGUCCAAAAUGAGAACCCUCUGUCCAAUGACAGCUCGGCAAUGGAGAACCGGACCGUGGUCGUGACGACCAUCAUGGAAGGGCCCUAUGUGAUGCUGAAGAAGAACUGGGAGAUGUACGAGGGCAACGACCAGUUCGAGGGCUACUGCGUGGACCUGGCCCAGGAGAUCGCCAAGCACAUCGGCAUCAAGUACAAGAUCUCCAUCGUCCCCGACGGCAAGUACGGUGCCCGGGACCCCGAGACCAAGAUCUGGAACGGGAUGGUGGGAGAGCUCGUCUACGGGAAGGCAGAGAUAGCGGUUGCCCCACUGACCAUCACCCUGGUGCGCGAGGAGGUGAUCGACUUCUCCAAGCCCUUCAUGUCCCUGGGCAUCUCCAUCAUGAUCAAGAAGCCCCAGAAGUCCAAGCCGGGGGUCUUCUCCUUCCUGGACCCCCUGGCCUAUGAGAUCUGGAUGUGCAUCGUGUUCGCCUACAUCGGCGUCAGCGUGGUGCUGUUUCUGGUGAGCCGCUUUAGCCCCUACGAGUGGCACGCCGAGGAGCCGGAGGAGGGGGCCCCUGAGCAGGGCCCUAACGACCAGCCGCCCAACGAGUUUGGCAUCUUCAACUCCCUGUGGUUCUCCCUGGGGGCCUUCAUGCAACAAGGCUGUGAUAUCUCACCGCGGUCCCUGUCUGGCCGCAUCGUGGGGGGCGUGUGGUGGUUCUUCACCCUCAUCAUCAUCUCCUCCUACACGGCCAACCUGGCGGCCUUCCUCACCGUGGAGCGAAUGGUGUCCCCCAUCGAGAGCGCCGAGGACCUGGCCAAGCAGACGGAGAUCGCCUACGGCACGCUGGACUCCGGCUCCACCAAGGAGUUCUUCAGACGGUCCAAGAUUGCCGUGUAUGAGAAGAUGUGGUCCUACAUGAAGUCUGCGGAGCCCACGGUGUUCACCAAGAGAACGUCGGAGGGGGUGGCGCGCGUGCGCAAGUCCAAGGGGAAGUACGCCUUCCUGCUGGAGUCCACCAUGAACGAGUACACGGAGCAGCGCAAGCCCUGCGACACCAUGAAAGUGGGCGGCAACCUGGACUCCAAGGGCUACGGGAUAGCCACGCCCAAGGGCUCACAGUUAAGAAACGCGGUCAACCUGGCCGUGCUUAAGCUCAACGAGCAGGGCCUCUUGGACAAAUUGAAAAACAAGUGGUGGUAUGACAAAGGAGAGUGUGGCAGCGGGGGAGGGGAUUCCAAGGACAAGUCCUCUCAGGCCCUGAGCCUGUCCAACGUGGCGGGGGUCUUCUACAUCCUGGUGGGCGGCCUGGGCCUCGCCAUGCUGGUGGCGCUGGUCGAGUUCUGCUACAAGUCGCGGGCCGAGGCCAAGCGCAUGAAGCUGACUUUUUCGGAAGCCAUGCGCAACAAGGCCCGUCUCUCGAUCACAGGAAGCGUGGGGGAGAAUGGGCGUGUCCUGACGCCGGACUGCCCCAAGGCUGUGCAUGUUGGCCACGCCUCCCUCCGACACCAGGGCCUUGCGGUUGUCUCCUCUGGCCUGCCCUGAAAACCAAAAACACCCACCGUGCCUUAUACUUUAACACAGUACAUGCACCUCAGCACACACACACACACACACACACACACAAACACAAACACACACACACAGACACGGACACACACACGCAAAUAUCUUGCACACGCAAACCUUCAUUUUCACCCUUACACCUACAUGACAUGUAACAACAUAACACACAUGACAGACUUUACACGCUCGUUAACACAUAGUUCCAUUGAAGUAUAGUCGAAGACAUGAAUAAAUACGUACACCGUUCAACUAAAAAUAAACAUGCUUUUAUACACACAAAUACACACACACACACACACACACACACACACACACACACACACACACACACACACACACACACACACAAUCAGGACGACGGCAGACACGCCGUGUUACAGCCACUAGACAACACGGGACAACGCGCAAAAGACUACAAUGGAGCAGCGGGAAGCCGUCAUGAUCAAUCUUAAGGAGAAAAAAAUAAAACUGAAAAAAAGCCUCCAUUUUCAAUCACUUUGGGAGGGGGGGGGGGGGGUUGCGAGGGGGAUGCGAUUACCAUAACGAUGCACCGACAUGGAGACCCAGCACAGAUUUCCAUUAAGACGAACAUCACAAGCUGAAAGAAACAGAACACGAUGGUAUCAAUCUCGAUGAAGGAUGAUAAUGAAGAUAAUGACAAAAAGGGUGGUGAUGAUGAUGAUGAUGACGAUGAUGAUGAUGAUGAUGAUGAUGAUGAUGAUGAUGAUGAUGAUGAUGAUGAUGAUGAUGAUGAUGACAGACCCAACCACAUUUAUUAUUUAUUUUUUGCUGUGUCCUAAUGGGACAAUAGGUGCCCCAAAAACAGCACCCCGAACCCCCACCACACCCCGCCCCGCCCCACGCCUUACGAGGAAAUGUAGACUCCUUUAAAUAACGACCAACAAAGCGAGUAUUAUCAUGGUCAUUAUCAUCUGGACUUGCCUGCAGUGACCCGAGCGCCAGGCAACUCACCCUUAGAAGACCAGAAAACUGUAAACUGUCAACUUUAGACUGUGUUAACCCACCCCAACCCUCUCCCCACACUUUGCUAUGAACAGUUGCAACUGAAUGAACAUGCUUUGUUACCGACGCGUACACAUCGUUUUUUCCAUUCCCCCAACCCACCCCACACAUGUGGGGGUCCGCCAACAUUGAACGGAGAUAACCUCAAACACACAUGGCCCAUCGCAGCCAUACAGUCGGCCUACACGGGGGUUUGUAGAAACAAAAGAAAAGAAAAUGAAAAUAAAAGCCGUAGUAAUUCAUAAAUACAACAUCAACGAUAGUAUUGCUGGAUGGCAAAUACAUUGUUUUGUAUUUUUUUCCUGUGAUAACUGAUGAAAAAAAAUGACACAGGAAGAUCUCAAAUGACUACCAUUCGGAUCUUCAUUUUCCUGAUAUGAUUUGGAGAAAAUAUUGAUAAAAAAACCUCACGUUCUGAUACUUUAAAUUCCGGAUACAUGAAAAGAGAACCUAAACCUAUAUCCCAAAGAGAAUAGUAAGCUACAAAUACCCUUCUGGGCCAACUCACUUUAGUUCAAAUAUGUAUAUUUUUGCCUGACAAUAUAGUUGAAGGGUCAAGGGAUGAAUAGAUUAGAGAGCCAGGACCAAACAAUAAGAAAAGAGUUACAAGACAGUCAUGGUGUCAUUUGAGAUCUUUUUGUUUUCCAGCGGCCGUGGAAAAGAAUCAUAUCAGAAAGCUUGCUUUUUAAAAACUGUUGUAAAUAACUGCGUAGCAAAACUGAACUCACCUCUCUUUUGUAACCAUCUUAGAUAACAAUUCAUUGCAAUAAUGAAUAGAAAAAAAACAAAUGCCACUACUAGAAAUCUUUUUAUAAAAACAACAUAUUAUAUAUAAUUCUAAUGAUAUAUGACUUAUAGAGAGCUAUAGAAAACAAUGAUCACUGAUUGUGGGUGAGGCCAUGGCAACUGUUCUGUUAUGAGGAUUUUCUUUUGUUUGUGAUAUCUUGAGAGCGUCGAAAGCUCACAACAUGUGUGUCCCACUCCAUGCUGCAUGUCUCUCCAUCGUCACAACUGCGCGCAUGCGCACCCACGCACACCCAUACACAUGCUGUUCUCAUGUUGGGUUGUUCUCACAACAUGUCUUUCAACAGAUGUUUCGUUGCUUUCUUUCACAAAAAGGAGCAUGAGGAAAGCCAGGUCAAAUUACCAUUGAAUAAUGAGAUGGGCCUACUUUAAUUUGGACUGUAUAGAGCGUUUUAUUUGAAUCAUAGCGGACAGUCGUUUUAAAGUAGGAACAUAACGGCAUAACGUCUGUUGGUGAAGGAGUGUAGCAAUGCCUCCUUCUAAGCGAGUGGGGGAAACCACGAUGGCUAACUGACGAAAUUAAAUGAAUGAAGUGUAUGAGGGGCGGCACACUCCCAUUAACCAAGCGAUUAGAAUGAUGCUGGGGAAAACAAUUCCACCCAGAUGAAGUGUGUGAUGGAUUUGGACUUUGGGUUUUGAACAUCAUUGGAACAAAAUUGGAAAAAGCCAUGACAUAAUUAGCCGUUGAAAUCACAGUGACAUUUCUUUAUAUAUUGAGGGCAUUUAUUCUAGAGAUAAAUCUACCCGGCACUCCUCUAUAUUCAUUAAUUCUUGUCUCCUGUCAUUUCUCACUUUCAUUUUGCCGCUAUAUUCUCUCUGCUACUCGUUCCUCUUGGAUCUGAUCUGAUCUCUCUCUCUCUCUCUCUCUCUCUCUCUCUCUCUCUCUCUCUCUCUCUCUCUCUCUCUCUCUCUCUCUCUCUCUGUCUCUCUCUCUCUCUCUCUCUCUCUCUCUCUCUCUCUCUCUUCCUCUUUGCCAUAUCAUGACACAGGCCGUUCUGGGGUGCAUCUCUUAAUAGUAUACAGAACAACAUCACCAUCUUUCAAAGCAAUUUCAGCCCAUAAAUGGAAUAGAAACAAUACGACAACUCUGGGCACACCAACGUGAUUGCUUUUCUCAUCUGUGUCAAAAUAUCGUAUAGCGUUUACAUUUGAACCUUGAACCAUCCUCUUCAGAAGACAGCGACGGCCAUUGUAGAAGUCCCCGACAUAUGCAUUUUAUGAGCAUUGGAAAUAUAUCUCUAUAUUUAAGUAGAACCCAAUAGAGGUAAAGUAGAACCUAGAAGAACAACUGAGUAUUAUAACACCAAAGCUUAUGCCUUUUUUAGUAGCUGAUUGCCAGAUUCGUUAUCAGGAAAAGUAUUCCUAGUCAUUUUACCAUGGUCCUGUUCACCAGUGUAGCAAUAGAAGAGACGAUAGUGGUGCAAGAAGCUUUUUGUAGUUGGACUUCUGCAAUGGGCUGCAGCUGCACAGUACGACCGUAAGAGCUGAUAUCGCCCAACGAGACUACAGUCAAUAUUUACAGUCUGGAUGAUGACAACACACAAGUUAGAUUUAUUUUUGUUUUCACUGCCUUGGGCCGAUAUAUAAUUCUGUAUUUAGAGGAGAACAGGCAGACCGCUGGCCUGUCAAGAGUCCAUUUAACACUCUGGCUUACACACUCUGUUUCUUAAUUUUAACCUUUUACCAUUGGGUUUUAUUUCCUUUUUUUAGUAAAAUACCAAUGACAAAAAAAAAAUCUCUGUGUGGUUAUUCAUGUUUAUGGCUUAAUAUUCCAGGAUUUGUUCAUUGCGCUACCACAUAAAUCACCUACCAUGUCUACAUAAAGCAUCCAAUACAGGGCACUGGAAAACAUGAAAUAGGUCUAUGAAAUGCCAUACUGUGAGUCUUUUGUCAUUUUUUAUAAUCUUUGAGCAAUACAAAAUAAAUAGAUGUAAUCAUAUAACCUCAAAAUGUUACAUCGCAUAUUUUACGGCUUUUCUACUUGUAUCAUUUGGAUGCUGCCAGUGACAACAAUUAUGAUUUAAUAUGAAAUAACAAUAACCACCACUAUUUACUAUAGGAGUAUCUGUGUGGAAUCUGAGCUCUUCUUUCCAACAGAAACCCAGGCUGGGAUUUCGCUGCCUUGGUAUUUUUCUCUUUGGGGAUCUAACACUCUCUAAUGUAGAGCCAUCAGGACAAGCAUUUUCCAUUACCACACACACACACACACGCACACACGCACACACGCAAACGCACCCGCACAAACACACACACACACACACGCUGGUUAACAGUUUUCCCAUUUUCUCAAAGAUCAGGCAUAAUGGGAUUUCUUAGCGGUUCAUCGUCCCUCUUAACCCUGUCCUUCACACGACAGACUUGUGUGUGCUGUGCACACGCACACACAGACA